GAGACUUGUUGGAGUUGUCAUAUUUGUGAGGCAGCAGGUUCAAAAACAGACUUCAUUGCAAAUUAAACCGCUUUAACAGUAUAUAGCGACUGUUAUUGACAACGACAAUCGGAGAGGGACCACAUUUGAACCACCUGGUGGACGGAUUCCAGGUGAUGGUGAAUGAACUUAGUCAGGAUGAACUGUGAACUGUUGGCAACGUGCAGCGCUCUCGGUUAUCUGGAGGGAGAUACCUAUCACAAGGAAGCGGAUUGCUUGGAGAGUGUGAAAGACUUGAUCCGCUACUUACGCUAUGAAGAUGACACUCGUGAUGUCCGCCAGCAGCUGGGUGCAGGCCAGAUUGUACAGAACGACCUUCUUCCGAUUAUCACUCAGCACAGAGAAGACAAAGCCUUAUUUGAUGCCUGCAUCAGACUCAUGGUCAACCUCACACAGCCGGCAAUGCUUUGUUUUGGUAAAGUCCCAGAUGACCCAGUGUAUAGACGUCACUUUUUACAAGUGACAUCUCAUUUACAAGCCUAUAAAGAGGCAUUCGCCAGUGAGAGUGUGUUUGGCAUUUUAAGCGAGUCUUUGUACAACCUUCUACAACUUGACUGGGAACAGAGACAGGAGGAAGAUAACCUGCUGAUAGAGAGGAUUUUGCUGCUGGUCAGAAAUGUGCUUCAUGUCCCUGCAGACCCAUGUGAAGAGAAGAAAGUGGAUGAUGAUGCCAGUGUCCACGACAGGGUGCUGUGGGCCAUUCACAUGAGCGGGUUUGAUGACCUGGUGAAAUUCCUGGCGUCCGCCCAGAGUGAGCAGCAGUGGAGUAUGCAUGUGUUGGAAAUAAUCUCCCUCAUGUUCAGAGACCAGACACCAGAAGCUUUGGUGAGUGCUGGCCACGCUCGUUCAGCAGAAGAGAAGCAGAGAGACUCUCAAGAGCUUGAGGCGCUGAGACAGAGGGAGCUUGCAGAGAAACGUUCUCGCACAUUUCAAAGAGGAACCAGACACUCUCGUUUUGGAGGAUCUUUUGUUGUUCGAGGCCUCAAGGCCAUCGGAGACAAAGAUGUGAUCUAUCACAGAAAUCUUCACAAUUUUAAAAAUUACACUCACGACAUUGGCAAAGCAGUGAGACGCGUUCCCAAGAGGAAUCGACGGGCUCAGGACUGUAAAGAGAAACGGCGCUCAGCCCUGAAUGUCCGACUGUUCCUGCGAGAGUUUUGUGUGGACUUCCUGGAGAAUUGCUACAAUAGGCUCAUGUAUCUUGUCAAGGAAAGUCUGAUCCGAGAACAGGCUCAACAACACGAUGAGACCUAUUACCUCUGGGCACUCAGCUUUUUCAUGGCCUUCAACCGUGGCAACGGCUUCCGUGCCGACUUAGUUUCUGAGACCAUGUCUAUCCGUGCUUUCAAUUUUAUUGAGCGCAACAUUACCAACUACUAUGAGAUGCUGCUCACAGACCGCAAAGAAGCCACAUCCUGGUCCCGCAGGAUGCACUUGGCACUAAAGGCCUAUCAAGAGCUGCUGCUAACUGUGAAUGAGAUGGACCAUUCACAGGAUGAAAGCAUCCGUCAGAGCUCCAGUGUUAUUAAAAGUAACAUAUUCUACAUGAUGGAGUACAGGGAGAUUUUCCUGACCUUGCUGAGAAAGUACGAUGAAACCAGGCAGCCUCACUCCUACCUCAAAGACCUGGUGGAGUCAACUCAUCACUUUUUGCGCAUGUUAGAGCGCUUCUCCAAAGGCCGCAAAAGCUUGAUGGUGCAGAAGAAAAGGGUGAAGAGGAAAAGGUCUCAAGGUAAAAGAAAGCCGUCAGCGCUGGAAACAAGUCCUGAGGCCCUGGAGGAGACCUGGAAGGUUGUGGAGGAGGACCUUAAGGCUACAGGGUUGCAGCUGUCAGAGUCUUUAACUGAAAGCAUUGUGCCAUUUGAUGCCACAUCUGAAACUCCUCCUGAGGAGCAGCGUUCCGAGGCCAUGGUGCGAGUGCAAGAUGCCCUGCUGGCUCGACUCGGACCAGAAGCACUGGGGUUGCUGCGUGCCGCCCGAGAGGUGUGGCCAGAGGGAGACGUGUUUGGUUCUGUUGAUGUGGAACCCGAAGAAGAACUUGAACUGCUUAAGCAGAUACUUCAUGCCAACCUGCCAAGGUCAUCUCCUCCUGAGAUCCCUGUGGAGGAAGAGGAGGAUGAUGGAGCAGAGUUAGAAGAGGAAGAGUUGGAGGCUGUUUAUGUUUCUGAAACAGAGUUUAACUUCCAUGACUUCAUCAAGAGGUUUGCCAACCCUGGCAUUGUGCAUCCAUACCUUCUGCUAUUGAAGUCAUAUUCAAAAAAUACACCACACACUAACCACUGCAUCAUUCGAAUGCUGCACCGCUUGGCAGUCGACCUCAAAAUGGACGCACUGCUUUUCCAGCUGUCAGCUUUCCACCUUUUCAACAAAAUCCUGAGUGAUCCAGCUGCAGCUGCCUACAAGGAACUUGUGACGUUUGCCAAGUAUGUGCUGAACCGUUUCUUUUCAGUGGCUGCACAAAACAACAAGGCAUAUGUUGAACUGCUGUUCUGGAAAAAUGUAGGGGCUGUCCGGGAGAUGACGGAAGGCUACAGCAAAGAUGGAGAUGAAAAGAAACCAUCGUGGACUGAAGACGAGGAAGAGGAGUUGCGUAAGCUCUAUGAGGAGCACCGUGAUGCUGAAGUCCCGGACAUAGUGGAGACUCUGCUGCCAUUACUGAGCAACACCACCCGCACUCGGCGGCAGGUAGUGACACAGCUGGUGCGCAUGGGUCUGGUGGAUAACGCUAAGGAACUAAAGAAGCAGAACAAAGGCACUCGAAUCGUUCUAUGGACAGAGGAACAAGAGCAGGAGCUGCAGAUGCUCUUUGAUGAGUUCAAAGACUCUGACGAUGUCCUGGGUAACAUCCUGAAGAAGAUCACAGCCAAACGCUCCCGCGCACGUGUGGUGGACAAGCUGCUCAGUAUGGGCUUAGUGUCUGAGAGAAGAGAACUUUAUAAGAAGAGAAGUCGCAGUGCUCAAGGAAAGAGCUCUGGGAGAAUGUCUGAAGAGGAUUUCCUAGCUGAGCUAACACAAGGCUUCCCAGAUGAUCAUGUGGACAGAGAUGAUGAAGAUGAAAGAGAGGACGAGUCCGAAGAGAGUGAUGAUGAUGAGGAGGAGGAGGACGACGACGACGGCGACAACAAUGAAGAAAAGCAAGAGAGAGAAAAAACCCAAAAUGGUGGAAGGAGGAGCCAAAGCAUGCACACCUCAGUGGAGAGGAGGGCUGAUGUAGGCACCAUUGUGUAUGCUCUUCAUCAAAAAGGCAUGUCUGAACCUUUGCUGUGGCUGCAGAAAUGUCUAAACAGAACUGCGGUUGAUCGUAAAAACGAUGGUUUCUCGCAGCCUGUCCCACUCGUCCCUCUGACUGAGACAAGUGAAGAUGCCAUGGAGAACAAGACCUUCCAGAGGCUGUUGAAAAAACUGGGGCUGCGACAACCUGCAAAUGGGCAGGAGUCCUUCUGGAGGAUUCCUGCAAAUAUCACUGUAUCUCAGCUUCAGAGUGCAGCUGCAGCUCUUAGUCCAAAAGAGGAAGAACCUAAAGAUAGUGAGGUACAAGACGGGGCGAGAAGCCCAACUGUAGAACUCCAGGAGGAGCAGCAGCAUCAGCAGGAGGAGGAGGAGGAGGUCUCAGGUGAACAGAGAACACAGGCUCUAAGAGACCUGGUGCUUGCACGCAAAAGAAAAGAGCACACCAUCAAGGAUACAGCUUCUGUGCCAGUUGUGACUCCUGGUGAAGAUGCAGACGCUGUAACUCCAAGGUCCAAGAAGAAUACUUCAACCAAAAGAAGUAGAAGCAGAGUUUUGGACAAGAAUGAGGAGGAGAACAAAGAAGAUGACUCUUCCACUGCGAUGGACAUGGACACAAAUGGUGAUGCAGAUUCGGACGGGGAGGAGAUCACUGCUCCUGUGAAGCGAAGACGAAAGAUGGUCGUAAUUGAUGAAGAGGAAGAUGAGGAUUAGAGACGGCCUUUAAUCGGCUGUAAAAGCUGCAGACAGGAGAUGGAUAAAGGCUUGUGGCUCAGAGUUGGAUGCAGCUCUCUGGAGGUCUGCUGUAUAGACAAUAUCUAUUAAUGGAAUGCCAAACAACUCAAGGAACAAGACUUUUUUUUAUUUGUGUCUCUAUGGAUACAUUAAUCCUAUUUAGCAAUAUCUCUUUAGUAAGCUGUUGUGCUGUGCCCUUGUUUUGUUACUGUAAAAAGCUUCUGUUAGUUCUUCCCAGCAGUGUCACAUGAUAAAUAAUGUUUGAUAAACUCAGUAAUGUUUUUUUCGAUCUGAAAGUUGUUACCUUAAAUACUUGCAUACGUUUAUUCGUUUUCAACAUCGACUUCACAGUAAAAUUUGUGCAUACUUACUAAUAAAUACCACUGUUGUCAGAGUA